AUGGACGUCACUUCCACCCUGCUAGACAAAGGGGACCAUGUCGCAGGCGACCCAUCUGACGUCAUCCCGGGGGAAAAGAAGUUUUUCUUCUCAUCAAUUGGUAAAGCUCAUUUGAUAAACGUGCUCUACGGGAUUGGUUAUACAAUACAAAUUGCCAUGCUACCCUACAUGCUGAUCAGCUCCAACGCCGGCAUAGAACACAAUGGAUACCUCUUGACCCUUUUCUCUUUACUCCAAUUUUUGGGGUCCAUGUUUUUUGGAAGACUCGCGGACAUAUGGGGAGUGAAGAAAUCCUUUUACCUGUCCCUGUGCUCCUCCAGCCUGAUGUACCUCAUGCUCCCCGCGUGCAGAGACACCUGGGCGUACUACGUGACUUUCCUGCCGUCCUUCUUCAUGCAAGCCUUCCAAGCCUCUUCCCUACUCGUUUGCCUAAAGACAGACAGCGAAAACAGGACGGCGGCCAUCGGGUACCUGAAUCUGAGUUACGGCUUGGGUAUUAUCCUAGGCAGUCUCACCGCGGGUUUCAUGGUUAAUUAUGUGGGUGCAAGAGGCAACCUGUUCAUCGCCCUGGGGUCACAACUAGUAGCCUUAUAUGUAGCGAAAACGUUGAGUGAGGAUCCAACACUGUUAAGACCUGUUAACUUGGGGGAAAUAAAAAUAAGAGAAAUUUUUAGUAGCAUAAAAAAUGAAUAUAUGCGUAUUUUGAAUCUUUUUAAGAAGACGUAUGGAAUGUGUUUACUCAUUUUGUUUGGCCUGCUACCCAUUUUAAUGACCAAAUUUGCUUUUGCCCCUGUUGUAGUUGAUAUGUUUAAACUGACCCCAUCUCACACAUCAUACCUAAUGACAUACGCAGGACUGUUAACGAUUAUAGCGGAGGGUCUAUUUGCACCUUAUUUGAGUUCCAUCCUAGGAGAUAUGACUUGCUGCAAAUUUUCUAUACCUUUAACGUUGGCUGGGUUUUUAUCCCUCUCUUUAUGUGGGGCAAAUGAAUAUCUGGUCCUCAUUUUUAUGUCCAUUCCUCUUUGUGGAGGGGCCUUGUUAUAUAUAUGUGGGACGAGUCAAAUGACGAAGAGGGUUGAGGAAUCUGAGUUGGGAACUGCUAUUGGUUUGAACACUUCAAUUUUUUAUGCGGUCACCAUCGUGGCUCCAUAUUUGGCCUUCAAGUCUUACGUCGCCUUGGGCCUAGGCCUCUACUGGUUACUCUGCGCCCUCAUCUGCCUAGUCAUCACCACCUACAUUUUCGCCCUGGACAAAUUCACACUUCAAAUUUUUAACGAGGACAAUGAUAGCACGGAAACUCUGUUUUCCACCGUCAAGAUGGCCUAA